GAUUUCAUCAAGUGCGGUUGGCGUCUUAUUUUAAUUAUUCUCUCUUAGUUUAUAGUGGAUAUUGUGAAAUAAAAUUGGUGUGAUUUUGUAUUACAACCGUCUGCGCAACUGAAGAAUUAGUGGAAUCUUUAAAAUAUACACUAUUCCGGUCAAGUGGACGUGAGAAUUUUAUUGUAGUAUUGACUACCUCACAGAAGCUUAUCGAAAAAGCCAACUCGAUAUAUUUCGUGCCAAACACUCCAAGAAGCAUUAGAAUGCGGCACAUCCACAUUCUAAUGUAAAAAAGGAAGAUUAAUACAAAAUAAGACGAUGGCUGCAUGGCUAUGCCUUUGCCUUUCUCAAUAGAGAAGAAUAGAACUAAAAAAAAAUUUAACUUUGUUUACUAAAAUAUUUAUUAAAAUCUCAUAAAAUUUUAUUUAAAGAGCUCCUUUAUUUUAUUUCACUUAUUAUUCUUGAAAAGUAGCCAAGUAUACAUAGUACCACAUUUGGUAUAAAAAGUAUUUGUUAUUGUUUUUGUAGUUUAGGGCAUAGGGGCGUUUGUUUGGAAAGUUCACAAAUCGCAAAUGAUGAAGGAGCCAACAUUGGCGUUGCAGAGAGAACUGGAAGCAAAGGAAUUCCUAUUUUCUGAUGUGGGAGAUGAGAAUACGGCACCAUCGGAUGCAGCACUGGGCGCGCUGCUCGAAGAUGGCGAGCCAGCAGCAGACGCCGAAGGUCGCGUGCGUCGUCUCGGGGAGCGAGUGGCUCGCUUAGACGCUUUAAAUGUAGGGGGGAUGUUAGCCGCCGCCAGCGAGGGGGAUGGGGCCGGCGCUAAACUAGCCGAACGCCUCGACGCUGGACUGAAAGCCGGGGCAGCGUUAGCCGAACGCCGCUCGCGCUGCGAAGCUGUCCUACGAGCCGCCCCCGACGCUGCUCAUGCUAGGUUCGGCGCGGCCCGGACAGAUGCCAACGCCCGCGCUUUACUACGCGAGCUAGAAGAACUGUAUUCCUGGCUGGAUGCCCCUCCGUUGCGCGAUUUAGAUUCCCUAUCAGAGGUUUCUCUAGCCUCGCCUGAAGGUAGAACGAAAGCGUUAGCGGCAGCGGAAGCGCUCAGGUCUGCGUUGCGAGCGGAAAAGUCAGCUCCCGCCGCUCGUCGCAGACUCGGUGCUACAAGGGAGAGAUUGAAGCGGUUGACGCGAGCUCGCGAUCAGUUGGCUGUGGCGCUGGCUCGGCAUUUGAACAACGCUUUGAUUCAUCUGGGGAAUGAAGCGGCAUCGGAAUCGAGGGGGCGGAGACAUCAUCGCGAGCUGUUGCCGUACGCGCCGUUCAUGCGGUGGUUGAAGGAUAUGGAUCCGCGGGCGUUCGAUGCGUUAGUGAAAGUGUAUGCGGCGGCGUGGGCGCGUGUGUAUGAGAGGGAAUUGCACGCGGCGUGCGAGGCGGCUAAAACAGCGCUCGCGCAAGCCUCGCCAGAGCAAGCUGACCCGCUAUUGGAUAAUGUUCUAACGCUGGUCGAAACCCUCUGUGAUGCUGAACAGGAGUUCUGCACACAGUUUUUCUACUUGGACGUAGACAUUAAGAGCGAUGGCAGCGACGGCGAGCGUAGCGAACGAAGCGAAGGCGGUGAGCGGGAGAAGCGCACGGGCGCCGAGACAAGGCGGUUCAUGGCAGAACUGUUCCCUGCGCUGGAACAAGAGCUAAUAGCUCUAGUGACUCACGUAGAGAAACAUGACACAUACGGUGCAAUGCGAGCCUUAGCUUGCGUAAGCCGUCGCGUACUAGGCGCUGAGGGUGGGGCCACGACAGCAGCGACCACAAACGCUGUAGCGGUUGCGACUGCGACCGCGAUACCGGAGUCCCGCUGGUCUCGCGCCGCACUCGCCGCCGCAGCGGUCGCCGCAAAACGCGCCGCGGAUCGCACCAUCAGCGUCCGCUUAGCCGCGUUACCGGAUGCGGCGAAACAAGCGGCGAAGAAACCGAAGUGUGGUUUACUAAGUUUUCUGCGUGAAUUCGAAGAACUGUCCAGUGCUUGUGAAGUGAUAUUUGCGGGGGGGAGGAGAGCUGAUUUGGAAAGAUGGUAUUUGUCGUUGGCCGGUGCGAUGUUGCGAGCGGUGCAGAAUGCUGACCAUCCUCGCACGCCUAGAGCUGUAGUGCAGAUGGAGAACUACCACCGUCUGCACGGCAUUCUGUCGUCGCUCCGCGUGUCGGCGCUGGAGUCGCUGCGCCGCGACACUCGGGCGCGAUACUCGGACGCGCUACGCACCUACGUCACGCAUUACUUCGGCCGACCGCUCGAGAAACUCACGCAGUUCUUCGAGAGCGUAUCGGAAGCAGUAGCGGCGGGAGUGCGUGAAGACGAAGUGUGUUAUCGCGCCGCGCUCAGCAAGCAGGAGCUGAGGAGACUGCUGGCCUUAUAUCCCGCGCACGAAGUUCGCAAAUCGCUGCACCGGUUGUACCGCACGGUGGAGAAGCAUUUGAGCGAAGAGGGGGGGCUGUUGCAAGUAGUUUGGAGAGCGAUGCAGGAGGAAUUCCUGGCGCAGCAUCUACAACUGCAGGCGCGUAUAGCGGCGUGCUACCCCGGGGCGGGACUAUCAAUGCCUCUCACCACGCAAGAUAUACUCGACGCGUUCUCUGACAUCGCUCGUGAACAUUAACACUUUUAUAUAGGUACAAUACAGCGCAAAACAUAAUAAAAUGAAUAUUUUUUGAAGUGAAAACUUCUUUAGCGACGUUGUACACUUUUUUUUGUAUGGGUAAAAAAUGUUAAACUCGCGUCAGGUUAAACACGUGGGCUGAUCGCAUCAUGACACAAUAAAAUUGGAAAGGUUGUUGACUUUCAAUAUAUUGGGUGAAACGUAGUAACAUUUUAUUUUAUCGUUUAUAAUGUUUCUAUGUAGGACGUCCACGUGGCAGUUUUAUUGCGAAGAAAAUGCUUUUUUUUACAAUAGAUGUCGCUAAGUGCGCUUAAACGUGAUUCAUGUAAGUUGAUUUUUCUGAGAGAUAAACUUUUUUAAUGUCAUAUAAAUUGUCAUGUUUGUGUACGAUAGCGCAAUAAAUAAAUAUUGUAUUCUACCACAUACAUGAUAGUACUUUUAUACUGAUAAUUAAAUCAAUUCGUGCAAAAAUAUUCCAAAACCAUUCCAAAAUAUCAAAAAU